CGCCCACCGCAGGAGACUGGGGGGAUGUUCCCACCAUCCUGGAUUUACAACCAUUUAAAGGAUAUUUGAGCACAAAGAAGACAUUUUUUUGGUGGGACUUCUAAACACUGAUAUUUGGAGUAGGCUAUCAUCCGGAAAUCUUGACGGCCAACUGACGUUUUUGGCCACAUGAUUCAGCGCCUGUUUUACCUGAGUGGCUGAAGACUCAAGGAACUAACAAUGGAUCAAAACUUGUUCGGAGGAGUCCCACGAUUCCUCACCCGCCCAAAGGCAUUCUCAGUGUGUGUAGGCAAGGAUGCCACACUUAGCUGCACUAUCGUGGGCAGCCCGACCCCACUGAUAACCUGGGAAAAAGAGAAGCUGAAGCUGACUUCUGGGGAACGCUUCAAGACCGUGGAGGAUGGAGAUGUGUACCGCCUGACCAUCUAUGAUUUAACACUGGAGGACAGUGGCCAAUUCAUGUGCCGAGCCAAAAACAGCGUUGGGGAAGCUUACGCUGCUGUGACCCUCAAAGUGGCCCUGCCAUCAGAGAUGGCUCAGAGGGCCCCUUCUUUCAUGGUUAAGCCUACCUCUACACGUGUAGGUUUGGGAGGCGAUGUUGUUUUCUACUGCCGGGUUGUAGCUUACCCAGAUCCCAACUUUGAUUGGGAGAAAGAUGGGCGCUACUUAGGGGAGUCUAUGCGUAUCAAGAUUGUUUCCGACAGUGACAGCAGCACCUUAAAGAUUCAAAGUGUGCGUAACCUGGACAGCGGCACCUACACCUGCAGGGCCCAGAACACCGUUGGCCGUUCACAUGCUGCAGCAGCUCUUGUUGUCGAUGCCCAGGAUUCCCGCAACCUGGCUGCAGACAAGAACACCUCCCUCCUCUCUCACCUACAAAAGCGCAAGGAGGAAAUGAACAAGGACAUCUCUAUCUAUCGCACUGAAGAAAGCAGAUCCUCUGGUUCUUCCUCCACCAAGGCCAAGAUCACAGAUAGUAUGAGUUCUCUGAGUCUGGAAUAUGAGCUGAGGGCAUCUGCGCUGGCAAAGCUGCCCAAAGGUGUGUUCACCCGUACCUGCACGGUGACUGAAGGCAAGCAUGCCAAACUCAGCUGCUUUGUGACGGGUCACCCCAAACCCCACAUUAUCUGGAGGAAGGAUGGAGCGAACAUCAGCGAGGGCCGCAGGCAUGUCAUUUAUGAGGACCAAGCUGAGAACUUCAUCCUCAAGAUCCUGUACUGCAAGCAGGUUGAUAAUGGUCUCUACACCUGCAAUGCAACCAAUAUGGCUGGGCAGACCUACAGUGCAGUGUUGGUAACAGUCAAAGAGCCUAAAGUGCCAUUCAGGAGGAAGCUGCAGGAUGUGGAGGUACAAGAGAAAACGUCAGCCACCCUGAUGUGCGAGGUGCCUGUUAGUGCCACCCACGCCAACUGGUUCAUGGAGGAAACGAGGCUGGAUCAAAGUACCAAGUAUUUCAUGGAGCAGGAAGGCACCCUGCGUCGUCUCACCAUACACAAUGUCACCACCAACGACGAUGGUGUUUACAUCUGCGAGAUGAAAGAGGGCAGUCGCACUGUGGCUGAGCUCACUGUCCUGGGCAACAUUACUAAGAAGCUUCCCCGGAGGACAGUGGUCCCUGUCAGUGACACUGUCAUCUUCUGUGUGGAGCUGGAGCAUCCUUUCCCAGAUGUCUACUGGACCCGCAAUAGCGAGAAGCUGAAGGAAGAUUCCCGUAUUUCGAUCGCCUGCGUGCUCAGACAGUACACACUCACGAUUAGAGAUUGCCAGGCAGAUGACUCAGGAGAAGUGGCGUUUGUGGCUGGAGACUGCAAGACUUCCACGCGAUUUUCUGCUCUAGCGGCAAGGAAGCAUCCUCCCGAUCCCCCAGUUGAUGCAGUGGUGCUGAACAAGACUGACUCAUCCGUCACCAUUCGGUGGUCUCCUCCUGACAGCGACCGCCCUGUCCCCAUCAAGGGCUACAUCGUGGAGAGGAAGAAGGUUGGCACUCAGACAUGGCAGAGGUGCAACGCUGGAGAAACCAUCAUAUCAACAGAGAUCAACUUCUGCAGCGCCACAGAAGAAUCCACCUACCAGUUCCGUAUCUCUGCUAUGAAUGACUUUGGCCAGAGUCCCUACCUGGAGGUGCCUGGAAGCUUCUACCUAGAACCCAGUGCAGAAAUCAGGAAAGGCCUGAUCAACAGCACUGCAUUCUCUGGUGAGGAGUUUUCUAUCUCCUUGGAGCUGUCUGCUGUUUGUUCCGGCUUCUGGUCUCUAAAUGGCCGCCUCCUGCGCAGCGGAGCCGACUACCUCAUCACCAAGUCCAAGAGCACACACACUCUGCUCAUCCGUGAUGUGACCAUGGAUAUGAACGGAACUGAGGUCAAGUUUGUGGGUGGUGGAUCGCAAAGCAGUUGCAUCCUAUCUGUAAAGGCUGCUCCUGUUAGGUUCACCAACAAGUCAGCUCUGCUGGAGGCGGUGAUCUGCAGUGCCCAAGCUACUGCUCAGUUGACUGCUGAGGUGUCGAGUUACGAUGCACAGGUGGUUUGGAUGAGGAAUGGGCGGGAGGUGAAAAUGGGAAAGAAGUACGAAUAUAUGAUUAUGGACCGCAAGAGGAUCCUUAUAGUACACAAUGUUACAGAGGAAGAUGUGGGCAUCUACGAGUGUGUUUUAGCUGAUGACAGAGUGUCCCUGCAACUCUCUCUUAAAGAUGAACCUGCCAAGUUUCUGAACAAAGCCAGAGGUACCAUGGGAAUGUCAUCAUCCCUUAAAGGAGAUCUUGAGCUGAGCUGUGAGGUAUCUCCUGCCAGCGCGGUCGUUGUGUGGAGAAAAGAUCAAGUGGAGAUCACUGAGGACCAAAGAACGACCACCGUCUCCAAAGGGACUCAAAGAAAACUCAUCAUCAAGAAUGCCAAGAAAAGUGACGAAGGACAUUACUCCUGUGACACAGCAGCAGACAAAGUCACAUUCCAGGUCAAGAUAAAAGAAACUCAAGCAGUAGCUGCCUUCUCUAACAAGGACUCAGUCCAGAAGGAAGUCAAAGCUACUGUCUCCCAGAAAGCCACUCUUAGUUGCGAUGUUUUGGAUAGCAAGGCAGAGGUGAAAUGGUAUAAAGACGGCAAGUUGUUGAUAUCCAGUAGGACGAUAUACUCAGAAGUAAAAGGCAGUACUCGUCAGCUGGUGAUUGAAAAGGUGGAGAAGAGCGAUGCUGGAGAGUAUACAUGCAACGCUGGAGGGGAUAAACUGGUCUUCAACAUAUUAGUGUCAGAGUUCCAGUCAGCUUUCUCUAACAAGGACUCAGUCCAGAAGGAGGUCAAAGCUACUCUCUCCCAGAAAGCCACUCUUAGUUGCGAUGUUUUGGAUAGCAAGGCAGAGGUGAAAUGGUAUAAAGACGGCAAGUUGUUGAUAUCCAGUAGGACGAUAUACUCAGAAGUAAAAGGCAGUACUCGUCAGCUGGUGAUUGAAAAGGUGGAGAAGAGCGAUGCUGGAGAGUACACAUGCAACGCUGGAGGGGAUAAACUGGUCUUCAAGAUAUUAGUGUCAGAGUUCCAAUCAGCUUUCUCCAACAAGGACUCAGUCCAGAAGGAGGUGAAAGCCACUCUCUCCCAGAAAGCCACUCUGAGCUGUGAGCUAGCGGACACCAAAACAGAGGUGAAGUGGUACAAGGAUGGCAAACUGAUGACUUCCAGCAAGACAAUCCACACUGAGACGAAGGGGAAAAGUCGUCAGCUGGUGAUCGACAGCGUGGAGAAGAAGGACGCUGGAGAGUACACCUGUGAGGCUGGGACUGAGAAGCUGGCUUUUAAGAUGCAUGUAGCAGAGGCCCAGUCAGCCUUCUCCAACAAGGAGUCAGUCCAGAAGGAGGUGAAGGCCACUCUCUCCCAGAAAGCCACUCUGAGCUGUGAGCUAGCUGAUACCAAGACAGAGGUGAAGUGGUACAAGGAUGGCAAACUGAUGACUUCCAGCAAGACAAUCCACACUGAGACGAAGGGGAAAAGUCGUCAGCUGGUGAUCGACAGCGUGGAGAAGAAGGAUGCUGGAGAGUACACCUGUGAGGCUGGGACUGAGAAGCUGGUCUUCAAACUCAAGGUGGCAGACACACAGUCUGCACUCUCUACCAUAGAGUCAGUCCAAAAGGAGAUGAAAGCUACUGUCUCCCAGAAAGCCACUCUGAGCUGGGAGGUAUCUGAUUCCAAGACCGAGGUAAAAUGGUACAAGGAUGGCAAUUUGAUAUGCACCAGUAAGGCAAUCCAUGCAGAGUCGAAGGGCAAGAGUCGCCAGCUGGUGAUUGACAGCGUGGAGAAGAAUGAUGCUGGAGAGUACAUGUGUGAGGCUGGGUCUGAGAAGCUGCUCUUUAAAAUACAAGUGGAUGGCGCUUCUACAGAAGGCCAGGCUAAAUCCACUUUCCUCAACAAGGAGUCUGUCCAGAAGGAGGUGAAGGCCACUCUCUCCCAGAAAUCUACUCUGAGCUGUGAGGUAGCUGAUACCAAGACAGAGGUGAAGUGGUACAAGGAUGGCAAACUGAUGACUUCCAGCAAAGCGAUCCACAUGGAGUCAAAGGGCAAUAUGCGUCAGCUGGUGAUCGACAGCGUGGAGAAGAAAGAUGCAGCAGAAUACUUCUGUGAAGUCGGAACUGAAAAACUGGCAUUUAAAGUACAAGUGACAGAGAUCCAAGCCAAGUCAGCUUUCUCCAACAAGGAGUCAGUCCAGAAGGAGGUGAAAGCCACUCUCUCCCAGAAAGCUACUCUGAGCUGUGAGCUAGCUGAUACCAAGACAGAGGUGAAGUGGUACAAGGAUGGCAAACUGAUGACUUCCAGCAAGACAAUCCACACUGAGACGAAGGGGAAAAGUCGUCAGCUGGUGAUCGACAGCGUGGAGAAGAAGGACGCUGGAGAGUACACCUGUGAGGCUGGGACUGAGAAGCUGGCUUUUAAGAUGCAUGUGGCAGAGGCCCAGUCAGCCUUCUCCAACAAGGAGUCAGUCCAGAAGGAGGUGAAAGCUACUCUCUCCCAGAAAGCCACUCUGAGCUGUGAGCUAGCUGAUACCAAGACAGAGGUGAAGUGGUACAAGGAUGGCAAACUGAUGACUUCCAGCAAGACAAUCCACACUGAGACGAAGGGGAAAAGUCGUCAGCUGGUGAUCGACAGCGUGGAGAAGAAGGACGCUGGAGAGUACACCUGUGAGGCUGGGACUGAGAAGCUGGCUUUUAAGAUACAGGUGGCAGAAGCCCCAGCUGGCUUCUCUAACAAGGAGUCAGUUCAGAAGGAGGUGAAAGCCUCUCUUUCCCAGAAAGCCACUCUGAGCUGUGAGGUUUCUGAUACCAAGGUGGAGGUGAAGUGGUACAAGGAUGGCAAACUGCUGACUUCCAGCAAAGCAGUCCACAUGGAGUUAAAGGGCAAGAGUCGUGAGCUGGUGAUAGAAAAGAUGGAGAAAAAAGAUGCUGGAGAGUACACUUGUGAGGCUGGAACAGAGAAGUUGGCAUUUAAGCUGCAGAUGACAGAUGCAGCUGUGAAGUUCCAGAAAAACCUUGUCAAGGACACAUGUAUUGUUCAAGCAAGUGAAAAAGUAGUUUUGACUACCGAGCUGACCACCGAGAGUGGUAGUGUGAAGUGGUGUAGAGAUGGUGUGGAGCUCAAGGAGAGCAGCAAGUAUGAAAUGAAAAAAGAUGGCCUUUCCCGUACCCUGAUUGUAAAAUCAUCCGAAUCCAAAGACAGUGGAACAUACUCCUGUCAAACUGCUGAUGACAAACUGGAGUUCAAAGUUCAAGUUAAAGAUUCAGCUUUAAAGUUCGUUGUCCCCUUGAAACCUGCUACAGUGGAGUUGGAAGGUACACUUAGCCUGAUGUGUGAACUAAAUCAAGCCUCAGGGGAUGUUGUCUGGCAGCAUGAUGGCCGUGAGAUUAAACCUGGAGGCAGGCACUGUGUCAGGACAGAUGGUGCUAAGCGGGUUCUCACUGUGAGUGGCAUGACUAAAGAAGAUGAAGGAGAAUACAGCUGUGAGUGUAGAAAUGACAAGACCUCUGCUAAAGUCUCCUCAAAAGCACCCAGACUGGUGAGGCUCACCACUAAACUGAAUAAUGUGGCUGCAAUGGAGGGAAAAGACGCCAUUUUCAAGUGCGCUGUCAACCCAGCGGACGUCAACGUUAAAUGGUUCCAUAACAAUACACCCGUCACUGCUGGGCCCAAGUAUAAGAUUGGGCGUGGUGGCAGCAGUCACUCACUCACCAUCACCUCUGUUACCCAAAAAGAUGCUGGAGAGAUUAGCGUUGAUGCAGAAGGCAAAAGCUGCAAAGCUACACUGCAAGUGCAGCAUGAACCUGUGACAUUUAAGAAAAAGAUAGAAAACCUGACAGUGGAGGAGCAGAGUGAAGUGAAGCUGGAGGUGGAGCUCAGUAAGCCAUCCGAUGAAGUGAGGUGGAUGAAGAACAGUGUAGUGCUGCAGGCUUCAGGAAACAUGGAGAUUCGGGUAGACGGAGCUAAGCAGGCUCUGGUCUUCAAGAGCGUGACAUAUGCUGACCGGGGCAUCUACUCCUGUGAAACUCUGGAGGACAAAACACAGGCCAAGCUCAAUGUGGAGAUGAAGAAGAUCCAGGUCAUAAAGGGUCUAACAGAAACCAAAGCACAUGAGACAGAGACGGUAACUCUUGAGGUAGAACUCAGCCAGGCGGAUGUUGAAGGCUCAUGGACCAGGGAUGGGGCCAAGUUAAAGUCAGGGGCGAACUACCGUAUCACAGCCCUGGGAAAGAAGCACGCCUUAACGUUGUCCAAUCUCAAGAGGGAGGAUGCAGGAACUAUUGUCUUCCAAGCAGAAGGAGUACAUAUUUCUGCCAAACUAAUUGUCACAGAACCUCCUGCUAUGAUCUCCAAGCCCUUGAUGGAUAACAGUGUUCCUGACAAGGAGAAGGUUACUUUUGAAUGUGAAGUGUCCAGAACCAAUGCAGAUGUUAAAUGGUUCAAGAAUGACGUGGAACUGAAACCAGGGAAGAACUAUGGCAUCCACUCCUUGGGCCGAAAGCGCUCUUUGGUCAUCAACAAAUGCACCCCUGAAGAUGCAGGCACUUACAUCUGUCGCACUACUGAUGACAACACCGCCGCCAAGCUCACCGUUCAUGCCAGAGAGGUUAAGAUUGUUAAGAAGCUGGAGGAUGUGGAAGUGAUGGAGAAGGAGAGCGCUGCGUUUGUCUGUGAAAUAUCACAUGAUGAAGUGGACUGCCAGUGGCACAAAGGAAGUAUUAAACUCAAAGCCGGUGACAACAUCAAGAUGAGACAAGAGGGCAGAACCUAUGUACUGCUGUUUAAGUCUGUCACCCCAGAAGAUAUGGGUGAGAUUAAAUUCACUGCUGACAAGGCUUCUUCGGCUGCAAAACUUAAAGUGAAAGAGCUGCCCGUCAAGUUUGUGAAGAGACUCAGGGAUAAGAUAGCGAUGUAUAAGCACCGUGGUCAUCUUGAAUGCCAAGUGUCACGUGUCAGCGCAAAUGUGAAGUGGUACAAGAACAAGCUGGAGAUCAAACAAGGCAAGAAGUACGACAUCAAAAGUGAAGACGUGUACCGAAAACUCACCAUCAACGAUGUGGACUCCGGGGACGAAGACACCUAUACCUGUGACGGCACUGAUGACAAGACAUCCUGUAAACUACUUGUGGAAGAGCAGUCCAUCAGCAUUGUGCGGGAGCUUAGUUCAGUAGAAGUGACAGAACCCUUUGCAGCUGUUUUUGAAGUUGAAAUCAGUAUGGAACUGGUGAAACCUCCUAUUUGGACUCUGAAUGGAGUUGCUGUGCAGGAGAGUGCUGAUGUUGAAAUGGAGAAAGAGGGCACUAUGCACCGUCUCACUUUCAAAAAGACCAAAGCAGCGAUGGCAGGACCUGUGCAGUUUACAGCUGGGAAGAGUAAAUCUUUAGCCCAGCUCACAGUCAAAGAGCGUCCGCUUGAGAUUGCAGAGCCCAUCAAAGGUGUGAAGGCAAAGGAGAAAAGCUCUGCUAUACUCACCUGCAAAUUCUCUGCCUCACCCAAAGAGGUUACUUGGUUCAAAGGCCAGGUGCUUCUGGCCACGUCAGGCAAGUAUAAUAUUAAGCAAGACGCUACAAGGGCUCAACUUACUAUUCAAACGUUAACCGAGGAAGACAGUGGGGAGUACCGCUGUCAGUCCGGACCUGCUGAGACCAAAGGGACACUUACUGUUGAAGUGCGUGAAAUUAAGAUCACCAAGCACUUGGCUGACACAGAGGUGGAUGAAGACAGCGAUGCAGUGUUCACAUGUGAGAUCAACUAUGCCGAUGAAGAGGUACAGUGGCUUCUGAAUGACAAGGUGCUCUUCACCAAUGAGGUCAACACCAUCUCUCAUGAAGGAAAGGUUCACAAGCUCACACUGAAGAACUUGGCACCUCAGGAUGGGGGGACUAUCAGCUUUCAAGUCCGCAAGGUGAAAGAGUCAGUGACACUUAAGGUUAAAGAAAAGCGCGCUGUGUUCCUCAAGUCUCUGGAUGAUGUCAUUGGAGAGGAGAAAGGCAUGAUAACUCUGGCGUGCGAGGCGUCCAAGCCAAGGGUUUCUCCCACGUGGAGAAAAGAAGGUAAAGUCUUGAAGGCCGGAUCAAAGUACGAGCUCCUUCACACAGGCAAGUCUUUGGGAUUGAUCAUCAAGGACGUCACCAAAGAAGAUGCUGGAGAGUAUAGUUGUGAUCUUGGAACUGAGGUUUCUAAAACAAAGGUCACUGUAAGAGAGAUUGGCAUUGGAAUUACCAAAUGGCUGAAGUCAGCUGAGGCGAAUGAGGGCGAGACAUGCAACUUUGAGUGCAUCUUAUCUCGUGAGAGCACAGAUGAGUGUUCCUGGACUCUUAACGGACACACUAUCACUAAUGGAGGCCGCUUCAAAGUCACCAGUAAAGGACGCAAGUACAUGCUGACCAUUAAGGACGUCACUCCCGCUGAUACCGGAGAGGUAGUGUUCAACAUUAAAGACCUGAAUUCCAAAACAACGUUAACAGUUGAAGGCAAAGCAUCAUCUGUGUCUAAAGGACUACAGAAUGUAAGUGCUGUCCAAGGGGAAGAUGCUGUUUUUACCUGUGAGGUAACACAAGCUAAUUCCACUAUACAUUGGGCCAUGGAAGGCAAAGCCAUCAAAAAGAGCCAGAAGUAUGACAUUAGCAAAGAGGACAAGGUCAUGAAGCUGACCAUCCAUAAUGUCUCUGCUCAAGACUCCGGAGAGUACAGUUGUGAAGUUGUUGGAGGUGCGACCACUAAAGGCAAGCUGGAAAUCAAAGAGCCAAUCCAUAAAUUCACUAAAGCGCUUAAGGACAGCGAAGCUGAGGAGAAGAGCUCUGUGACCUUGCAAUGUGAGACUGCACAAACCCCAUCCACUGUGAUAUGGCUUAAAGGUCACACAGAGCUCAAGGCUGGAGGUCGAUAUGAGAUGUCCCAUAAGGUGGGGGUCUUAACUCUCACCAUCAAAGACCUGGAGGAGAAAGACACUGAUAUCUACACUUGUGACGUGGGCACUGCCAAGAACAUGGCAAAGGUGACAGUCAAAGCCCUGCCUGCCAAUUUUAAAGAAAAGCUCAAGAACCAGGAGAAAAAGGAAGAGGAAACCGUGACACUUUGCUGCAGGUUAUCGAAGCCUGUGGACGGUGUUCAGUGGAAAAAAGACUCUGAAAUUCUCAAAGUUGGCGUGAAGUAUGAGAUGAAGAUGGAGGACACUUCUUGUGAGCUUCAGAUUAAGAAUUUGGUGGUUGAAGAUAGUGGAGAGUAUUCUUGCGAGUGCGGGGACCAGAAGACAUCUGCAACUGUGAAAGUCAAUGCAUUGCCGCCGACCUUCAAGCAGAAGUUGGAGAGCCAGGAGGCUGUGGAAGGAGCAAGUGUUACACUGCAUUGUGAGAUCUCUAAACCUGGAGUCCCAGUUGAGUGGAAGAAGGGAACACAAGUCCUGAAGUCUGGAGAGAAGUACCAGAUGAAGCAGAAGGCCUCAGUGAAUGAACUCCUGAUCAACAAAGUGGUGCCGGACGACAGUGGAGACUACAGCUGUGUGUGUGGAGACCAGAAGACCACAGCAAGCGUCAACAUUAAGGCCCAACCAGUGACCUUCAAACAGAAGUUGGAGACCCAGGAGGCUGUGGAGGGAGCUGACAUUGUUCUGCUCUGUGAGAUCUCCAAACCUGGAGUCGCAGUUGAGUGGAAGAAGGGAACACAGGUCCUGAAGUCUGGAGAGAAGUACCAGAUGAAGCAGAAGGCCUCAGUGAAUGAACUCCUCAUCAACAAAGUGGUGCUGGAAGACAGUGGAGACUACAGCUGUGUGUGUGGAGACCAGAAGACCACAGCAAGCGUCAACAUUAAGGCCCAACCAGUGACCUUCAAACAGAAGUUGGAGACCCAGGAGGCUGUGGAAGGAGCAAGUGUUACACUGCAUUGUGAGAUCUCUAAACCUGGAGUCCCUGUUGAGUGGAAGAAGGGAACACAAGUCCUGAAGUCUGGAGAGAAGUACCAGAUGAAGCAGAAGGCCUCAGUGAAUGAACUCCUAAUCAACAAAGUGGUGCCGGAAGACAGUGGAGACUACAGCUGUGUGUGUGGAGACCAGAAGACCACAGCAAACAUCAAGAUCAAGGUUCUUCCGGUCACAGUCAUUCAAGACCUGGACAGCCAAGAGGCUGAGGAGGGAGAUAGUGUCACUCUGCACUGUGAGCUUUCAAAACCGGGACUCCGUGUCGAGUGGAAGAAGGAAACUCAAGUCUUGAGUUGUGGAGAAAAGUACCAAAUGAAACAAACAAGAUUCAGUUAUGAGCUACAGAUCUUCGACUUGAGACCUGGAGAUACAGGAAGCUACUCGUGCUGUUCAGAGGACACAAUAAGCUCAGCCUCUCUUGCAGUGAAUGCUGCCCCAGUUGUUUUCACAAAACAGCUUGAAAGCCAAACGGCCGAUGAAUGUGACAGUGUGACCCUGCACUGUGAGCUUUCUAAACCUGGUGUUCCUUUGGAGUGGAGGAAAGGAGAACUUGGUCUUUGUCCUUGUGCCAAGUAUGAAAUUAGACAAACAGAACACCUGGCUUUACUAGUAAUCCAUGAUGUAGACCCAGAGGAUGCUGGGAGUUACACAUGUGACACUGGUGACCGGCAAAGCACUGCGCAUCUAGCUGUGAAGGGUAUGCUUGCUAAGACCUGUUGUUUGUGGUGGAGAUACUUGAGUUGCAAAUUAAUCAACUACUUGCUUUUUAAACUAUCAAUAAAGAACACAUUUGGGAUUUGACAUGAUUUAAGUGUUAAGACGUGAGGCUCUCUUCCACCUCCGCUUCAUACUUUAGUAGUUUAAUGUGUGUGGCAGCUUUCUCUCAGAUGUCCUAAGUGUUCUCUCCUCAUUUCCUUCACCUCGUCCACUGCAGCCCAGCCUGUUCAUUUCAAAACCAAGCUGCAGAACAUUGAAAGACAGGAAGGGGAGAGCGCUAGUCUUCGCUGUGAGACCACAAAGCCGGGAGCCAGUGUUGUCUGGAGGUGUGGUGACAGGGUGCUGGCAUCCAGCAGCAAGUAUCACCUAAAACAGGAAGGAACCAUAGUUGAGCUUGUCAUCUAUAAACUGGAAGGAGCCGACUCAGGAGAAUACUCCUGUGAUGCGGGCAAUAAGAGGACUUCAGCUGUCCUCACUGUGCAGGAGGUCGAGGUUAAAAUACUGAAGUUCUUGGAGAGCUGCCUUGUAUACGAGGGUGAAGAUGUCCGCUUUGAAUGUCGGGUUUCUCGUGAGGAGGCACCUCUGGCCCAGUGGAAACUCCAGGAUGUCCCACUACAGAAUAAUGAAAUGAACCUGAUCAAGUCUGAGGGCCGGGUACACAGCCUCACACUCCGGGGCGUCACCGCAGCUGACUCAGGAACAGUCACUUUCACAGUGGGUAACCACACUUCCACUGCUUCUCUGACAGUCAGAGCGGCACCUGUACUAUUCAAGAAGGAGCUGGAAAGUCAGGAGGCCACUGAAGGAGACAAGGCCACCCUGUCCUGCGAGACAUCCAGCGCCGAUUGCAAGGUGGUCUGGCUGAAGGACUCAACUGUGCUCACCCAUGGGGAGAAGUACAGUAUGGAGCAGACAGCUACCACCCACAGCUUGGUCAUACUCCAGCUGAAUAUGAAGGAUAGUGGAGAAUAUACCUGCGACACAGGGGACAAGAAAAGUACAGCUACCCUGACUGUGAAAGAACAUGUGCGCCUCACCCGAGAACUCUGCGACAUGACUGUGCCCACUGGGCAGGAUGCUGUCUUUGAGGUUGAGUUGUCACACUCAGGUGUGACAAACGGGGAAUGGUGGCUUGGAGACAACCUCCUCCAAAAUAACGAUCUGAAUCAAAUGAGCAGCCAAGGCAGAGUGCAUCGUUUGACCCUUAAGAUGGUGACCACAGAUGAGUCGGGGGAUGUUGCCUUUGUGUUGGGAGAAGAGAAGACUGUGGCCUGUCUUCUGGUGGAGGAGAAACCCAAAGUGUUAAUACUAGAGAAGCCACACAACACUGUAGCAGUAGAGGGUGAAACUGUCUCUCUGGCCUGCACCAUCUCUGAUGCCAAGGCCACCUUCACCUGGAUGAGAAACAAGGUGGCCAUCCAAGCAGGUCUCAAGUAUGACCUGAGGAACAACGGAGCGUUCCACCAGCUUCGUAUCCACAACGUGGUGCCUGAGGACUCAGGAACGUACACUUGUGACACUGGAGAUGCACAGUGUGACGUCACCUUGACUGUGGAAGGUGCCCCAGUGUUCUUCCACAAAGAGCUCAAGAAUCACGAUGCCAUAGAGGGUGAUGAUGUUACCCUGCGCUGUGAGCUGUCUAAGCCAGGUGUUCGUGUUGAGUGGAGGAAAGGAGGCAUGGUCCUCCUGCCCGGUAAGAAGUGUGAGAUGAGGCAAGAAGGGUGCAUUCAAGAGCUCUGUAUAUGGAACCUGGAGCCUGAGGACAGUGGCUACUACACCUGUGAUGCAGGAGACCAGCUCACCACGGCUUCUUUGGCAGUGCAAGUGAAAGAAGUCUUCAUUGUGUCUGGUCUUAAGACCACUGACGUCUUUGUUGGGGAAUGGGCAACCUUCUCCUGCCAGCUGUCUGGUAGGGCACCUGAAAAGGUGCAGUGGUGGCUGGAUGGCACCUUGUUGGAGAAUAGCCCCUUUAGUGAGAUAGGGCUGAGCCAGGGCAACAUCCACACACUCUCCUUAAAGAACCUGGCCACCGAUGACUCUGGCACUGUCACUUUCGAAGCUGGCAGUGUAACAUCAACAGCCAAGCUCUUAGUCAAAGAUCCCACAGUUGAAGUGGUGAACGAGAUGGAGGACCUUCGGGUGCUUGAAAACCAACCGGCUGAGUUCAUCUGCCAGUUCUCACGGCCGGUCAAGGCUCAGUGGAAGAAAGACGGGCAGCCUUUGCAGCCUGAUGGCCGAAGGGUGGUAGUGGAGCAGGACUGGAAUGUGGCUCGCUUGUACAUUAGCCGCGUGUCCGCUGAGGACAGGGGCACUUACUCCUGUGAGGCAGAGUUGGCCUGUGCGGUUGCUUCACUUUAUGUGGAAGGCAAACCCAUUGACAUUGUCCAGGGCCUGGAGAAUGUAGAAACCUUUGAUGGAGGUGAAGUGCUGCUUGAGUGUGCCCUCUCUCGUCCCGAGAGCAAAGAUUGCUGCUGGCUCUUUGAUGGGAAACCAGUGAAGGAAUCCCGUAAUGCUGAGAUUGUGACAUUUGAGAGUGGUCGUCGUCAUUUACUCCUGCUGAAAGAGUUGCGAGUGAAAGACAGUUGCACAGUGACCUUCAAAGCUGGCAAAGCCUCCACAUCUGCCCAACUCUCUGUCAAACGCUGGCAGCUGGACGUUGUGAAGGCUCUGGAAGACACGGUGGCUGCAGUGGGAGAGAAGGUUGAGUUUUGUGUUGAGCUCACCGAGCCUGUCCCUACAGCAGAAGUAGCCUGGUAUGCUAAUGGUAUCGAGCUCAAGCCCAAUGACCUCUGGGCUACGAGGGCUGACGGCUGUUCUUAUCGCCUCGUCCUGAGAAAGGCCCCUCUUUUGCCACAGCAGGAAAUUACAUUUGCUGCUAGAGAUGCUCUCUCUUUGGCCAAGCUCACCAUCAUCACUGUACCUGAUCCACCAGAGGACGCAGAGGUCCUCAGUAAGACCGAAAAGUCUGUCACCCUCUCGUGGUUCACUCCUCUACAUGAUGGAGGGAGUCCCAUUCUGGGCUACAGGUUGGAGAUGCGGCUGGUAGACAGUUCCCUCUGGCUUCCCUGUCAAUCUGAACCUGUGUGUAACACAGAGUUUGUGGUUGAAAAUCUUAUUCCGGGAAGUAGCUACAGGUUUAGAGUGGCAGCCACCAACAGAGCUGGGAUUGGAGAGCCUGUUGAGUUGCCUCAGACUGUGCGGCUUGAUACACCCAUGCAGCCACCAAUUAGCCCAGGUAUAGAGGCAAAACAGGUAGAGGCUGAGAUGAUGGGGCAACCCAGUCUGCCUCCAGAAGCUGCUGAAGAAGGUGAUGUCCAUGAGCUUUGGGAGGAAUCGGCCAAGAAACGUCGCAUGAGUCGAGAACCUACACUGGACUCCAUCACUGAACAACCGGAGGAUGACGGUAAAGGUGGUCAAAAGAAAUCAGGACAGAUAGAGCUGAAGGCCUCAGAGAAAGUGGAAAUAAAAUCAGGAGAAAAGGAGCAGGUCAUUGUGUCUAAGAAGCAGACAGAGUCCAAAUUGUACACCAGCUCUGAGAAUGAGUCUGUUUCUGGGGGUUCAACGCUUGUCUCCUACCUCAAGAAAAGCAGCACGUCUACUGUCACAGCGACCAAUGAGGCACAGACUAUGACUACUGAAAGGUUCUUUGCACAUUUCCAGAAGGCAGACCAGAAAACAGUGCAGCAGACUAAAGUGGAAACAAGCACAAUUCAGCAGACAGACGCAAAACAGGUGUCUACAGAGGAGACUAACAUCAUGGAGAUCAGUAAAGAGGAUGAGCCUGAGCUUAGAGAUGCUGCCAUUAAGAUUCAAGCUGCGUUCAAGGGCUACAAAGCCCGCAGGGACAUGCGCCCUGUCUUUAAAGAGGCCUUCAAAGACCAGACCAAAGAACCUAAUGGCACCAUACAUCUAGAAUGUGUGGCAGAAGGUAAACCUGAUAAGGUGCGGUGGCUGAAGGAUGGAGAAUCCCUGACUGAUGGCAAGCACCACCAUAUCGAUAUCUACAAUGAUGGCACUUGCUCACUGGUCAUCACUGCCAUCACCACAAAAGAUACUGGGGUCUACACGUGUGAGGUCACCAACAAGUUUGGAGUUACUUCUCACAGUGGUAAAGUCACAGUAGGAACAGUGAGAGAAUCAUCUGGGCGGCGGCCGCUGACCGUGGGCUACAGUGCCGACAGCGAGCCUGACAGCUCCUCAGGAAGUGAGAUGGAUGAGUCACUGAGGCAGGCUAGCAAACGUCUUCGGCGCCUGCUUCGCACAAGUCUCCCACCAAAUGUUGAGGAAGAAUUAUUUGUCAGCGCAGAUGAAGGGGACCUGGGUCCUCCAGAUCCCCACUCUUACCGGGAGGACGACUGUUACAUCUACAUUCGCUUUGAGUCCCGGACAGAAGCUGAGGUUGCCUCGAAGAGGUUCCAGGAGAUGUUUACAAUCCAUGGGGUUCCUGUGGAAACCACCAUCCUGGACUCAGGGCCUCUUAAAGUGGAGCUGCGAAUUAGAAAGAUGGGCUACACGCAAGAUGGCACACAGACCCCCACACCAGAUAGACAGCCUCCUGCAUUUAUGGCUGGAGCCCAGGCUGCCCCAGUCUUCUUGACAGAGCUACAAAGUCAGGAUGUUCCAGACGGUUAUCCAGUCAGCUUUGACUGUGUUGUGAUUGGCAAGCCCCCUCCCACCGUUCGCUGGUACAAGGACGGCAAAUUGCUGGAGGAGAAUGACCAUUACAUGAUCAAUGAAGACCAGGAGGGCUGCCACCAACUCAUCAUUACCACUGUGCUGCCCACGGACAUGGGCGUCUAUCGUUGCACAGCUGAAAACAGCAGCGGCAUCACUGCCACUAAGGCUGAACUCAGGGUUGACAUGUCUUGCAGCUCAGAUUAUGACACUGCUGCUGAUGCCACUGAGACAUCUUCCUAUGUCAGUGCCAAGGGAUACCUUUCAAGGGAAACUGAGACAUUUGAGUCUGUCGCUGAAGAUGAUCAGCUACCACAAGUUGUGGAUGAACUUCAUGAUGUUCAUGUCUGUCCAGGUUCACCUAUUGCUAAGCUGCAGCUCAAAUUAAAGGGCUUCCCCAAACCCAGAAUAUACUGGUUCAAAGAUGGCCACCCUCUGCGACCUUCAGAAAGGAUUCUGUUGAUAACAGAGAGAGAUGUUCAUGGCGUGGAGAUCCUGGAGGUGAAGAAAGAGGAUAUGGGGGAGUACUCUGCUUACAUCAGCAAUGCAGCUGGUUCUGCUUACUCCUCUGCCCGCCUGAUAGUUCUGCGUCCAGGGGAGAUUAUGCCACAAGAUAAAAGAGACCCCAAGGAGCCCCUGGUGCCACCCCGCUUCAUUGAAAGGUUCAGCAACAGGAAGGUGAAACAAGGAUCCAGCAUCACUCUGUCUGUCAAAGUAGAAGGCUCUCCCACUCCAAUGGUCUCCUGGCUAAAGGAGGAAUCAAUGGAAGAUGUCCUGUGGAUCAAGCCUGAUACCAAGGGAUACAAAAUAGCAAGCUCGGGGCGCCAGCACAGCCUCAUCUUGAUGGACGUGGGCACAGAAUACACUGGCGCCUACACCUGCAUCGCCACAAAUAAAGCAGGACAGUCCAUCUGCACUGCCCACCUCGAGGUUGAUGAUGUACCACAACAAAAGAAAGAGACUAAUGCCUCAGAGGUGUUUGGAUUUACAAUUAGUCCUCCAGACGAGGAGGCGGGCAGAGGAAAAGAGAGUAAAUUACCCUACCUAGGUGAAGUAGGUACAGAGGAAUUCCUCAUGAAACUGACCUCCCAGAUCACUGAAAUGGUAUCGGCAAAGUUUACCCAAGACAGUUUACAGAAUCAUGAAGUGCUCCAGUGGAUGAAAUCUUGGCCCAAAACUACCACUUCAUUACGCGUUCCAGGUGUUGACAGUGAUGAUGAGACCAAGACCCCUUCUCCAUCACCUCAUCACGGUCGCUCUCGUCCUCCCUCCCUCAUUGCUGACUCCUCCUCUGAGUCAGAUGAGGGGGAUGCCAGGGGAGAGAUGUUUGACAUCUAUGUGGCAACGGCUGACUACACCCCCACCAUAUCGAUCAAAGAAUCCAUCUCUCUAAAGGAGGGACAGUAUGUUGAGGUUUUGGACUCCGCUCAUCCACUUAAAUGGUUAGUCCGGACCAAACCCACCAAAACUACACCAUCCCGGCAAGGCUGGGUCUCACCUGCCUACCUGGACAAGAAACUCAAACUCUCUGCUGAUACGAGUGACCUUCCAGAGACGAAUGAAGAGGAGGUGUCUGAGGGGGAAUACAAGAGGAAAUUAUUCCAACUGGUCCAAGACCUGAUAAAUGGUGAAUCAGAGUUUGUAAAAGAGGUCGACUUCUUUACCUCCCAUCACGUGAAGCAUGCAGACAGCCCUGAUGCACCGCCUGAUGUCAGCAGCCAGAAGGAAGCCAUAUUCAGGAACAUUGAUGAUAUCAAGUCUUUCCAUAGCAAGGCAUUCCUCCCAAAGCUGAACGACUGUGAAACAGAUGAUGACGUAGCCAUGUGCUUCCUGAAGAACAAGGAGGGCUUUGAGAAGUACCUCGAGUAUCUUGUCGGUCAGAGUAAGGCUGAAUCUGCUGUCAAUGACAAGGCCGUUCACCGCUUCUUCAAGGAGUACACAGAGAAAGUGCAAGCCGGUGCCGACCCUGCAGAUCCCCCUGUACACAGCAUCAACGCCAGCCUCCAACACCCACUGGAGAGGAUUCAGAAGUACAAGGCCGUCCUCAAGGAGCUCAUCCGAAACAAGGCAAAGAACGGCCAGAACUGCUGCCUGCUGGAAGAAGCGUAUGCGAUGGUGUCUGCGCUCCCUCAGCGCUCUGAGAAUACCCAUCAUGUCUCCAUGAUCGAGAACUAUCCUGCUACACUGGAAGUAUUAGGAGAGCCAAUGAGACAGGGACCCUUCCAAGUGUGGGAAGGUGCUCCAGGAAUUAGGACGUCCUCUAGGGGUCACCACCGCCACGUCUUCCUGUUUAAGAACUACUGCAUCAUCUGCAAACCCAAGAGAGACAGCAACACUGAUACACAAGCAUAUGUCUUUAAGAACAUGAUGAAGUUGAAUAACAUUGAUGUGAAUGAGACAGUGGAGGGUGAUGACCGUGCCUUUGAGAUCUGGCAUGAACGUGAGGACUCUGUGAGGAAAUACACCUUGCAGGCCCGAACUAUUACCAUCAAGAACUCAUGGCUGAGAGACUUCAGAGAACUGCAGCAGCGAUACAGCAUGCCUACAUGGAGUCCUCCUGACUUUGAUGAAAUUCUGGCAAACUGCACAGCAGAGCUGGGUCAGACUGUUAAACUGGCCUGCAAAGUCACUGGAUUACCCAAACCUGCGGUCACUUGGUACAAGGACGGACGUACUGUGGAGGCAGACCCUCAUCACAUCGUCAUCGAGGACCCCGAUGGUUCCUGCACGCUGAUCUUGGAUAACAUGACAGCAGAUGAUUCUGGCCAGUACAUGUGCUUUGCCACAAGCUCAGCGGGCAAUGCCAGUACUCUUGGCAAGAUCACAGUUCAGGUGCCUCCUCGUUUUGUGAAUAAAAUGAGGAAUGCUAUAUUUGUUGCUGCUGAGGACGCUCAGUUCACCUGCGUCAUACAGAGUGCCCCCAACCCCAAGAUCAGGUGGUUUAAGGAUGGCAGGCUGCUCACCGACCAGGAAAAAUAUCAGACCUUCAGCGAGCUCCGCAGUGGGGUUCUUGUCUUGGUAAUAAAAAACCUGACAGAGAGAGACCUGGGACACUAUGAGUGCGAGUUGUCCAACCGCCUGGGCAAUGCCAAGUGUGCUGCUGACUUAGUUCCUCCCUCUGCUGUGACUCGCACUGGUGAGCAGGCCAUCACUAUUGAAGUUACUGAGCAGGAGACUAGAAUACCAAGGAAAACCAUCAUCAUUGAGGAGACUAUAACCACCGUGGUGAAGAACCCACGUAUGAGGAGGCACAAGUCCCCCGGUUUGACUGUUGCUGGAGCCUACCGCUCGGAGACCUCCACCCCGGAGCCCCCCACAGCCAGGCUGAGGAGGAUGCCCACUCCAAGAAAGACCACUAUCCCAACCCUCUAUGUUUCUCAACCCGAGGGUGCUGAAGCAAGAGCCAUGGAGAGCAGGCCCACGUGGGUGGAGGUUGAGGAGGUCAUCGAGUAUAAGGUCAAUAAAUCUCCCAGGCUGCCCCGGAGGAGAGGCAUCUCUCCGGCAUUGUCUGACCGCGCAGCCGCUCCCUCCAGAUCCAAAAGGUCUCCUCCGGAAAACCCAAACACUAACAAUUGCAACAACAAGCUGGUGGAGCAGGCUCAGCUGCAGGGAGACGUCAGCAGCUCGCCGCUCUCCUGGGAAGAAGAGGAGGGUAACGUUUCCUCUGAUUCUGUCACUGGAGAGCCACAUGAACUCUCUUCUGUCCUCACUCCAGCUGCAGAGGACAGUGACGACCUGGAUGAUGAACAAACUGUCAUCUUUGAACCCGAUGAUGAAGAUGAUGACUCACUCGGGGAUCAGGAGCCUAAGAUUCUGACACAAGGAGGCCGUGUUCUGACCCUAGAAGACUUGGAGGAUUACGUGCCAGAAGAAGGCGAGACCUACGGCUCCUCCAGCGCCCCCGCUGCGGAAAAGCCCUGUGAGAUCUCUGUGCUCCAGAGGGAGAUCGGCGGGUCCACAGUGGGACAGCCGGUGCUCCUCAACGUGGGGCGGCCCGUCGUGGUCCCGAGGCAGAGGAGCGGCUUCUUCGGCCGCUUCAGGGAGCAUCUCUCCAGCAGCCUUUUCACAUCUGCUGCCCCCCAAGCCAGCGGAGCCCGGUCCAGGACGGAAAGGCACGUCCCCAUCCAAGUGAGCCACGCAAAGAUGGAAGUGAAGCCUUCAUACUGCUCAGAGGUGCAGAGAGUCGAGUGCGGGCAGCAGAGCUUUAAAACCAAAGUGUCAACUCAGACCUAUGGCUACACAUCAGUGGGCAACCCUGUCACUCUUCAAAUUAGUGAUAACCUUUAUCAGAACCAGUAGUAGCAAACUAUUUCAAACCCUCUUAGUCUUAAAUGGGGACAUUUCUACUCACAUGAUGAAUACGACAUAUCCUAACCUGAAGUAUAUUUACUGCAUUUGACAAACCAUUCCAUUUUGAAGCUGCCCAUCAGGAAAUCAUCCUCUUGGGUCUUUUUCUUGACAAAUGGUUAGAGUCAGAUGGUCUCUUUAGACGACGCGAGUUGGAAAAUGUUUUAGUCCCAAACUGCUUUGUUACAAUGUGUUGUAAUAUACAUGGUGGACAGACAAAAAGGAAAUUAAAGUUUGACAUUUUACUGACAUUUGACAUUUCAUCAUCUGCUGUUGAUCAGGUUUCACUCACACACACCUUCAUGCGGGGGCGGAUUAUGAGACAAUGGGCACAGACAUACAAAAGGCCCCAACACCUCUCCUACGUAGGAGCAAGACACACAGACUUUAUAGUUGUUUCACCUCUUUCUAUUUCUUUCUGUUGUUGUUUUGUGUCUGUUUGUAAUUGUUUUAGUCUGUUUUAGUUUGUUUUGUCUGUGGUUGUUUUGCCCCUU